GGCCGGGAUUCAUAAAGAUGUUUAAGUUAUGCUUAAGUAUAAGAAAUUUCUUAAAUCAAUAAAAAAUACUUAAGUAACGCUAAGAAUGAGUAUUUAUCUUAAGUUUUAUUCAUAAAACAACUUAAUUCUUAGAAAAUUCUUAAACAAUUCUUAAAAGUAAGUGUAGUCUGUAGCAGACUUAAGUUUUCAGAAUUUCUUAAGUUCACAAAUAAAAUGGCUGCCAACAUAGUUCACAGAAGGAAUUUUAGAGAGAGAAAAGACUGUUUACAGCAGUACAGUGAUCGUGAACUUAUCGAACGUUUUCGGCUUGAUUCAGGUGGAAUCCUUUUUGUGGAAUCACUUAUUCGUGAUCAAAUAUCUAGUGGCUCUCGGCGUAAUAUGGCAUUAUCCUCUCUUCAGAAAGUUCUUCUUACUUUGAGGUUUCUAGCUACGGGCAAAAUGCAGCUGUGCAAUGGCGAUGACAUGGGUGUUUCUCAGCCAACUGUCUCACGGGCCAUUACCGUAACACUGGCAAGCCUUACCUCCCCUCUUAUGAUCAGUCGGUUUGUACAAUUUCCAUCUAGCGCAGCAGAGAUUAGAAGAAACCAAGAGUCUUUUCACGCAAUCGCGGGCUUCCCAGGGAUAGUAGGCGCCAUCGAUGGUACCCACAUUCAAAUAAUUGCACCACACGAAUAUGAAAAUGAAUACGUCAAUAGACACAACUACCACAGUAUUAACACACAAGUUGUUUUUGAUGCAAAAUAUAGAAUCAUUGAUGUUGUUGCUAAAUGGCCAGGCUCCACUCACGAUUCCCGAAUCCUUAACGAAAGUGGUUUGAGAGUCCUGUUCGAAAAUAAUCACAUCCCCAUUCACACACAUUUGCUUGGCGACAGCGGAUAUCCCUCCAAACGUUGGUUAUUGACUCCUUUUCUGAGACCAAACCAACCAUCGCAGUUGAAUUACAACAGAGCUCACAAGAAAACAAGAUCUGUGGUGGAAAGGGGGAUCGGACAACUGAAGAGGCGAUUUCAUGUACUACAUGGUGAAAUCCGCUUGUCACCUGAGAAGGCAUGUCAGGUUAUUUUGUCCUGUGCCAUUUUGCAUAACAUUUGCAAAGAUCGAUGCAUUCCAUGCCCACAAGAUCAUGAAGAUGAUGGUGAAGAUCAACAAGUUAAUGUACAUGUACCACACAUAUUUAACAACAAUGGCAAUGAUGGUCUGAUAUACCGACAACAGUUUGCAGAGACUCACUUUUGAGUUGCAUUGGGAGUUGUAGGCCUGCAAACUUGUAGUCAUGGAUGUUAAUGGUAGUGAAGGCUCUUGUACAGGUGCGGCGACUAGAGGGCUAGAGUUGAGAAUGAGGGGAUCCAUACCAGGAGGUCCCUCAAAGACAUUGAUUCCCCUGUGAUGAAAAGAGAUUAAUUAAAUGCUUACUUAGUAUUCUCCUUUCUAUAUCUUCUGCAGCUCUUUUGAAUUAUUAAAAUAUAUGAUUGCAUUGAAUGUUUAUUACAAUGAAUGUUAUUCUUUUUUAUGUUGAUGUUCAUAUUCUAUACAAAUCGAAUUAAUACAGAAAAGACAAUUCUGUCAUUGAAAGAAUUGAAGCUAAUUUACCCCAAAUUCUAACAUUUGAAUAUACACAACAUGACUGAGGUUGAUUAUAUGAUGAAUUUAAUGAUUAUUUUAAUAAUUGUUUUUUAUUAUCAUUAUUUAGAUGUUAAUAAAAAUAUAAUAAUAAUAAUCCAUUCAUAUAAAUGGAAUUACAAAGAUACAAAGAACAAUUCUAUCAUGACAGAUUUCAAGUAAUUUCAUCUAUCCUUGCAGUGCAUGAAUCACUGCAUUCAUGUACAUAUAAUAAUUAAUGAUGAUGAUGAAUUAUGACAGAUAACUACAUACAAUACAAUAUAAGUGAAUAUG